AUGACGGGCGAUAAGGCCACUGCGCAGGCAAUUUUGUGGCCGUAUCGACGUUGGGCAUGGAACGAAAACGUAGAACUCGAGGAUUUUUGCACACAAGAGCUCGAGAUCAUGGACUCUCUGCAAGAGACUUCACAAGGUCUGCAAAAGCUCGCAGUUCUACCACCUUGGAAUCAUCUCAUUCUCGGUCGACUUUUUCACCUGCAUAGGCCUGGGUCGACUUGCGAUGCAAAUAACAAUACGACGAGAGCAUUGGCGACCUUAUACUGGCUACACUGCUCGCCAAAAAAAGACGCACACCAUCCAGUUCCCGGAUCAUUCAAAACGGAAAAGUGA